UCCUUAUUUGCAUGCCUUCAGGCAGUGGGUUGGACUGCACGCAUCACAUGGUCAACAAAACCCGAGGCAUCAUCACCCUGUACCGCCACCAAAGGGCAGCGUUUGCCAUCACCAGUAAGAGGGGGCCGACCCCUAAAGCCCCAAAGACCCCCACAACGGAGCUUCCUCCUGGCAGCACCAUCAGCUCUGAUAAUGAUGAGAGCAAGAAGCCGUUACUCAUUCAGAGACGAGGGGCGGAGUUCUCCCUGACAACUGUUGCCAGGCACUUUGGCUCAAACUUCACCAAGUCUCUGCCGUACCUAUGGGAGAACACCGUAGGACCACUAAGGACAGCAGUGACUGAAAAACAACACAUAG